GUUCCCGCCCCUCGGCGCUCGGCUGCUCGGCCUGGCGCAGGUCGGCGCUCGGCAGCCUGUCCUGGCAGCGGCGCGGGUGGCGGCGGCGCGGCGGGGCCCGGCGGGAUGGUGAAGCUCACGGCGGAGCUGAUCGAGCAGGCGGCUCAAUACACCAACGCCGUCCGCGACCGCGAGCUCGACCUGCGCGGUUAUAAAAUCCCAGUUAUUGAGAACCUAGGUGCCACUCUGGACCAGUUUGAUGCGAUUGAUUUCUCUGACAAUGAGAUCCGUAAACUGGAUGGGUUCCCUCUGUUGAGACGGCUGAAAACUCUGCUGAUGAAUAACAAUAGGAUUUGUCGGAUUGGUGAAAGCCUUGAGCAGGCUCUGCCCAGCCUGACGGAGCUCAUUCUUACCAACAACAACAUUGCUGAGCUGGGUGAACUGGAUCCAUUAGCAACUAUUAAAUCCCUGACUUACCUGAGCAUUUUAAGGAAUCCUGUAACAAAUAAGAAGCAUUACAGAUUAUAUGUAAUCCACAAAGUUCCCCAGGUCAGAGUACUGGAUUUUCAAAAGGUGAAACUCAAAGAGCGACAGGAGGCAGAGAAAAUGUUCAAGGGCAAACGGGGUGCACAGCUUGCAAAGGAUAUUGCCAGGAGAACAAAAACCUUCAAUCCAGGUGCUGGUUUACCAACUGACAAAAAGAAAGCUGGGCCCUCCCCAGGGGACGUCGAGGCAAUUAAGACUGCUAUUGCCAAUGCCACAACUCUGGCUGAAGUGGAGCGGCUGAAAGGCUUGCUACAGGCUGGGCAGAUUCCUGGCAGAGAAAGAAAAUCAGGCCCCUCGGAGGACGCUGAGGAAGAGAUGGAAGAAGAUCCGGUGCCCAACGGCUCCUGAGCCCGGGCCCUGCCGGCCCCAGCGCUUCCCCCGGACCCCACUCGUGUCCUCGCUGCCGGGGGCUCGGCAGCCGCUCCCCCGCUCCCCGUCCCAGCGCAUUUCGGUGUUCAAUAAACGAACGUUUUUUUCUUUUC